AUGGAUCAAAGUGCCUACUCACUUGCUUCAGAAUCAAGCAAACUUCUUGCUUCAAAAAUGAAUCGAAGUGUUGUCUCACUUGCUUCAUUCAAUGGAUUUGCAAAAAAGUUUUCUUGCUCAGGUGUAUUUAUAAAGGGCGAAGCAUGCUCUGCAACAAUUCUGACUUCAGCAAGUUUGUUCAGAGUUCCUGGCAGUUCACACAGGAUCGAUGAUAACUUGAGGAUUGAAGUUUGCCUUCCAAACCAAUUUCGAGUUGUAGGGAUAUUGAGCUGUUAUAAUUUACACUACAAUGUUGCUCUUGUUGACAUCAUGGGAUUCUGGCGUCCUCGUAUAAUAAAAAUCCAUGGGCAUCCAGUUACCUCAUCUAUGGACGUAAUAGCUGUGGGUAGUCUUUUUGCGUGUCGCAAACUAAUGGCUGUUGAGGGGAAGGUGUUGAUUGGCAAACAAAGCAAACUUGAUUGCAAAGAACUAUGUGUCUCCACCUGUAAAAUCACCAAGGGGGGGCCUCUUAUUGACAAUGAUGGGAAUUUUGUUCGAAUGAACUUUUAUGAUGAGGAAGAAACUCCAUUCCUGCCGAGGGACGUUAUUCACCGCCUCUUAUUGAACUUAAAUAAAAAACGGACUAGUGCAGAUGGUACUAUUGUUGAGGGUGUUGAAAAUAGAUGGUUGUUGCCUGGCGGGACACACAGGAACACUGAAACUGUUGCACCGAUUGAUGGAAACAAAUGGCCGUUGCCUGCGCCACGCUACGUUGGUCGUAGAGCCAACCCUUUGCCACGUCACAAAUGGCCUCUGCCUCGUGGCCGAAAGCCUCUACCUAUGUGA